GUAGAGUGGUUGACUUUUUUCAAUUUCCACAUCUUUUUCUUCGUUAUAUUUAUAUCCAAAUACGAUAUGGGUUUAAUUUAAACAGAAAAAGAGAAGGCCGAUAGGGAGGAGUAAGGUAGCCUACCCAAGCAACGUCAGUAGCCAAGCCAACAACAAUCACCAACACCACCGGAAUCAGAAUGAGGGGCACAGGGAAGAGGCCGAUCCAAGCCGUCAAAACAUGGGUACGGAGGCAACCACCCAAGGUCAAAGGUUUCCUCGCCGUGAUUUCCGGUAUGGCGGCCCUUGUUCUCCUCCGUGCUAUCGUUCACGAUCACGAUAACCUCUUUGUUGCUGCCGAGGCCGUUCACUCCAUUGGAAUUUCUGUCCUUAUCUAUAAGCUUAUGAAGGAGAAGACCUGCGCUGGGCUUUCACUCAAGUCCCAGGAGCUAACAGCUAUGUUUUUGGCUGUUAGGCUUUACUGCAGUUUUGUGAUGGAAUAUGAUAUACACACUUUGCUUGAUUUAGCUACUUUGGCAACAACCUUGUGGGUUAUCUAUAUGAUCCGUUUUAAGUUGAAGUCGAGUUACAUGGAAGACAAAGACAACUUUGCAUUGUAUUAUGUGGUAGUACCUUGCGCUGUUUUAGCUAUACUAAUUCAUCCAUCCACAUCACAUCACAUCAUCAACAGGAUUGCCUGGGGUUUCUGUGUAUAUCUUGAAGCUGUUUCUGUGCUGCCUCAGUUGCGAGUUAUGCAAAACACUAAGAUUGUUGAGCCAUUCACAGCUCAUUAUGUAUUUGCAUUGGGUAUUGCAAGGUUUUUAAGCUGUGCUCAUUGGGUUCUCCAGGUUCUGGACAGUCGUGGCCAUCUGCUUACGGCUUUGGGAUAUGGACUGUGGCCUUCCAUGGUGCUUAUAUCUGAAAUUGUUCAAACGUUCAUUCUAGCAGACUUCUGUUAUUAUUACGUGAAAAGUGUUUUUGGAGGACAGCUGGUCUUACGCCUUCCUUCUGGAGUAGUAUGAUUCAUUAUCUGUCUGAGCAGGCCACCAAAAAGAAGUUGAAUGUAGUAGUCGAUUGUUUUCUUUUUAACUUUUUUGUCAGGGCUCUCUCCUCACGGUUCAUGUUGGUUGCUGGUAAUUCAGUGUCGAAAUUUAAGGGAGUGAUGGUCUGUAAAGUUGGCUAUUCGAGCAACUUUGAUAUCUAAUUAAUCAUUACUUGGUAACAGAUAAUAGCUUAUUGGCCAUCCUAAACACGCAUAAAACCAAAAAGAUAUGCGUAAUCAAGCAGAUACACUUUUGUUGCUUCAAGUGCUCAUGCAUUAAAAGAUAGAUUGGUUAUAGAGAAA